AUGCAGCAAGAAGCUUACGAACAGCAGACGGAUCGCGACCUACGAGAGAGGAGACUGCUGCAAAAAAGGAAGAAAACCAAGACGGCGCCAAUUUCCUGGAUUUGGGCAGCAGGCGGGCAGGCCGACGGGGUUGAACUUCAUGACUCUAUGCGUGUCGAGUGGGCAAAAGCACGUGCACGGAAGGAACGCUGGAACGAGGAGGUUGAAUUGUUGCGAGAGGAGAUGAAGCGGGUCAUGCGAUCAUUGAAGUGGGAGGCUUCAGAAUGGCAAAAACGAGCCGACGAAGUUCGUUCAGACGUUGAUGGAACGACGGCGGCUGGAAUCCGAGCUUAUGCGCUGCGUAACGUGUACCUGCAUACUGAAUUUAUAGUGCGCUUUCGAGAGGAGUGGGACAAAACAAUGGGAGCUGCUGUCCGUCAUUGGGCAGCAGAGGAGGAGGGGGAAAUAUUAGAGGGAACAUUUAUGGCAGAGGGAAUGUAG